AUAGAAGUCUCUCAGAGUUUGCUCCACCUCCUCCAGUGUUCUCCCUACCUCGUCACUCCCAUCCUCGAUAUCGAGCCCCUCGCGCACUCGUUGUGUGAAGCUAGCCCCUUCCUGCGCUGGGGCCGCUCGUAAGGUCUGCUGCUGAUCAUGCUCACCCCUCGAUCUUCUGGACCUGCUACGACGUGUGUCAUUUGCCGUAAGAGACAUUGAGCGUGUAAUUCUUUCGCUGCUUCGUUGUGCCUGCGAUGGAGGGGAAUGUCAAGUGUUCUGACCCGGACGAGUGCACUCGCGGAACCAGGCAUCGCGACAGAGAGGACAUUGUUUCUUCUAGGGCCCCGAGGAUCGAAGGUGCGCUUCCAGGCGUUGCUUGCCGAAUACAUGACCACAGCAUCGCCUCAUCCCAGCAACCUCCGCCACCAGUUCUACGCGCACUGCCCACUCUCCUUCCUGGCUCCAAGAGAUGAGCCAUGCGAUGGAGGCUCAAUAUAUGCUUCGAAGCAGAUGCUGCACUCUCGAUCACUCGGCGCAAGUAGUGAUAACGGCAAUGGCGUAGUGAAGAGUGCGCCCUGCAUCCUUGAGCGUCCUAUUCCUGGAAGAUGGAAAAAGAAGACGGGACAUCAACUAGAGCAGAAGCACCGGGCAAGGAUUAACUUGAGCAUACAUUCACAGCCCACCCGUGCUUCGAGAUGGGUUCUAUUGAUCGAUUAUGGUCAAUUGUUACCAACAUGGCAUGUCAUGUGCUGCUGCGUGGCUGGACUAUAGUAUAGAAGUGGUGAACGGUGAACGGCUGUUGUGUGCCAAACGGCAGGCCUGUCAUACUCAACAAGCGCCACACCUGUGCGUUGCAGCGACAUCGCCGCCUCCACAGACUGUAGCCUGAUAGUUGGGAACCCUUCUGUCGAAAG